CCCAAAAAAUCGUCACACAUUCAGCCACUGGGGAGAGCGAGAGUGUUGAGACUUGACUGCAAAAUGCAAAAAACCAGUUAAGAAAUCACACGGGCGUGUGUGUUUUUGGCGACGACGACAACGACGCAUCAAUCGGCGAUUGCAUUCAAACGGUUUCAGACCAGACGGAAGAAUAACAUUUUUCAAUUUCUGUCCAAAUUACAAACAGUAUUAAAUUACAGUGAGGUGGUAGCAACAAAAAAAAUUAAAAAAUACAUAUAUAUAUAGUACAUAAAGAUACAUACUAUAUAGUAUAUAUGUAUAUGUAUAAUAUAUAAAGUAAAAGAUACAUAAUCUGAAAAAGAAAAAGUUGCAUUUUAAAACUCAAACAAUUUUCAAUAAAACCUAAAACAAAUAAAACGAUUUUUCAAGAAAAUGUCCCUGAUACCGUUCAUUUUGGAUUUGGCAGAUGAACUCCAUGAGUUUAGCCGUUGCCUGGCCAAUGGUAUAGAUAUUAAUGACUUUGGUUUUGGUCUUUAUACUGGCACGGAUCAGCAUCAGCAGCCACAACAGCACCAGCAGCAGCAACAACAACAGCAGCAACAACAACAUCAGCCCCAAACCAGUCCCAGACGUAGUCGCACCUCAUCUUUUUCAUCGUUUUGGAUGCCCUCGAAACGUCAUCAUCCUUAUAAUCGCAUUAAAACGGCUUGCUGUGCCAAAUCUGGCGAGGAAACGGUUGCUGGUACUCCGGAAAAUUCCGGCAAGGAAGCGUCAGGUUCUUCGAGUGUUGUUGGAGCUGGUGGUGGUACACCGGGUAAAUCGGCCUCAUAUUCGGUGGUCAAUAAGAAUGGCUUCCAAGUAAGCAUGAAUGUUAAGCAAUUUGCACCGAAUGAGCUGUCGGUGAAAACAAUCGAUAACUGCAUUGUGGUCGAAGGCAGACAUGACGAUAAGGAAGAUGGUCAUGGCGUCAUUUCGAGGCAUUUUGUACGCAAGUAUAUGUUGCCAAAGGGUUACGAUCCCAAUGAUGUGCUCUCGACUUUGUCUUCGGAUGGUAUAUUAACGGUAAAGGCUCCACCACCACCACCGCCGACUGCUAAAAAUGACGAACCCAAUGAGCGGAUUAUAGAAAUUCAGCCGACACCAGGACCAACCCCAGUAUUGGUGGUGUCUGCAAAGGAUAUAACAGUAAAAGAAACAUCGAAGAAAUUACCAACAACGCCAUCGGCUCGUUUGGAGUGCCAGUUGCCCGAAAAGAGACAAAAACUGGAUUUACCUCCAGAAACAGAGCCAGAGGAGUCUGUAACUUCUUCAGCACCAAUACCAACAACAAAUACAGUCAAUGAAACUGAUGCAGCAUCAGUUGUUGUAGCAGGAACAGAAGAAGUUGUAAACGACGAUGUUGAAAUGGAAAAAGCCGAUGAACAAAUCAACGAAAUUGUGCUUAAACAGACGGAACAACAACAACAAUCAAAUGUUGAGGAAAUUGAAAAGAAUGAUGUAGAGAAAAAAGCUGAAAACAUUGAACAAGCGGAAAAACAAAUUGCUGCUAAGAAACAGGAAGAACAGGCUGAAAUUGUUGAUGAGACUGAGAAAAAAUUACUGGAUGAGUGCAUGUCCGAUUCGAAUGGUGAUACAAAAAACGUUUGUGAAAAAAUGGAAGAGUCUACAAGUAUUACAGAUGCAACAAAAGCAGCAACAGAGAAAACCAACGAGUCUGCGGCUGCAACUAAAUUGGAAGAGAGUUCGAAUGAAAAAUCUAAUGUGGCAAAAAUGGAGGUAGAUGAAGAAGUUGAUAAAGAUGUUGGCCAACGUAAAGAUAAUGUUGCUAAGAAAACAGACAAUACAGAAAUCUUUGUAGCCAUUCUUAAAACGUGUAGCGUAAAAACGGCUGUUAAACCAGCUGCUACAGCGGUGGGAGCAGCUGAUUCUGCAAAACAGAAAAAAGAAACAGAGACAACUAAUAACACAGAUACUUCCAGCAGCAGCAGCACCACCACCACUACUACUAACACUACCAACAAUAACAACAAUACCAGCACAAAUAGCAACAACACUAACACAACCACGAAUAAUAACUUGACUUCCACUGAUGUUGCCACAGAAAACUCGGCAAAAGAUGUUAAAGAUGGAAAUGGUGUUGUAACCGGCGAAAUUUCAGACGAUAUUCCAAAGUCUGCUAAUACAGACAGUGAUUCUGCUGCUGCUACAGCUACAGCUAAAAUUUCUACAGACAACAGCAGUAAGGCUGAAUCUGUGGCCGAUGGUGAUGUUGAAAUGGAAACAGCUGUAUUGAGUACUGACACAACAACUACUACAACAAACAUUAUUGAUAAUGUUGCUCUACUCAAGGCUGCAACAGCUGACCCAGCCGAUAUAACAGACAACAAUGCUGAGCAAAAUGACAUACUCACCGAAUCCAUGGAUGGCAUAACAACUACCGCAGACUCAAACACAACCGCAACCACAGUCGACAAUGUUGAGUGUUCACUGUUUGCAAAAAAAUCACAUUUAGGUAAUGGCAAUAAUACAACAGCAACACCACUAGUGGCUACCGAAGAAAUGGCCAAUUAAAAAAUGUCUACACUUUUAUUUUUUAUCCUGACAACCUUUUCCCUUCUCCUAUACAAACACCCCUCCCCACAAACAACAACAGACUUAUUUAAAAUGCAGAGUUCCAGCAGGAACGAAUGAAAGAAAAAACGAAUGAACGAACGAUUUACGAUAGAGUUAAAAAAAUGAACAAAAACUGAAAAUUUUAGACGAGAUAAAGAGAAACUGACAAGAGUAUUUAACAACUCUCAUAUGAGUUACUCGAAAAUACAACAACUACUUAUACUAUAGUACUAAACUCUAAGAAAAAAAAGACAAAUUCUACAUGUAGUAGCAAAAAAAAAAUAAUAAUAAAAAUUAAAUUUAAAAAAAAUUACUGUCUGCAAAAUGUUAGAAAUCAGCAGCAGCGACAGUAAAUGCUUUUUUAAACAAAUAAAACAAAUUAUAUUAUUAUAAUUAUAAUAAAUUCGUUUCUUAUUUGUGAACAAUUUUUUUUUUUAUAAUUUUGUUUGUAAUGUCUCAUAGUAUUUCUUUGGCUGACUAAGACUGCCGUCAAAUUUCCUAUAUUUUUAAAGAAAUUAUUCCUAAUUUUUUUUUUUUAAUAAUUUUUUUAUAUACAUAUAUAUUUUUUUAUUUAAACAUUU